CCCUUACACCGCGACUGGUAAUGUCUAGAAACAACCUGGAUUGGUGCUGAAUGCAUUACUUAAUACACUGUAUCUGUAAUGAUUAAUUAACCUUAUACUUUCCGAUUGUACAACAUUUGGUCGUGCGCUAUGCGCCCUUAUUCCCUUUUUUUCCCUUUACUUUCCCUUUUGCUUAGAUAUAAAGACCAUAUCAGGAAGGUUGCCCGUCCUUCCAAGUCACAAAUUAAUGGAUGUAACAUUCAGGUACUGGAUCAUGCAGGGAAGGGACAAAGGAAAAAAAAAAAGAAAUGAAAAAGAGAUUAACUUUUCAUGGAAAUCUCGAUAUUUCGCAUGAUGACCCUCUUGAAGGAGAGCACAAAGGACAGUAUCCAUCGUCAUCUCGGCACUUCAAUUUGGAAAGACAUGUAUAUAUAUAUAACCCUCUGGAUACUGGAAGUUUUGUUUUAAUUCAUCUUCUUUUUUAACAAGUUUAUCUCUCCUAUUCUUCUCUCAUCAUGGUCGCUUUCAACACUCUUACUUCUUCCAUUGUCCUUGUUGUUCUUGGUGCUAUGGCUGUUCCUAGCAGCGCUGUCCCUAUGAUCGUCAAGAACAAGUGUAGCUACUCAGUUCAAGCAAACCAACUUACAAACGUUGUUGGUAACCCCAAGGCUGUUGUCCUCUCUCCUGGUCAAUCCACAACCUUUGACGUUGCUUCCAACUGGGGAGGCCGCAUCUGGGGUCGUAAGGGAUGCACCGGCUCAAGUGAUUGUCAACCAAGCGCUCCUUCUUCUCUUGCUGAGUUUACCUUGAAUGGCGCAGGCGGCAAGGACUUUUAUGAUGUCUCCUUUGUCGAUGGCUUCAACUUGCCUAUCUCUGUUGCUCCUAAUGGUGGCACUACCCAUACUAACAAAUAUGACUGUGGUACUCCCACCUGCGCCAACCUUCCUUCAUGCCCUGCUCAAUUCCAAGUCAAGGAUGGCUCUGGUAACGUUAUUGCUUGUAACUCUGCUUGCCGUGCAUAUGGCACUCCUCAAUACUGCUGCACAGGCGACUAUAACUCUCCUCAAAAGUGCCAGGCUAGCCAAUACGCUAACUCUGUUAAACAAGCUUGUCCUGAUGUCUACAGCUAUGCUUAUGAUGACACCUCCUCUACCUACACCUGUGCCUCCAGCAGUGGUUAUACUAUCACUUUCUGUCCCUAAGUUAUUUUUUAAAACGUUAGUGUAGAAUAAACAGGUUCUAUUGAUACCAGUUGAAUUUAAUUUUUAUGGACCACUUUUCUCUUUCUUAAACUAUGGCCUAUGUUGUAAGUAGCUUUUACACUCUUUUUAGUCAUAGUUACUCUAUUUUUAAGAAAUUGCUAUAGUAAAUCUGAU